AUGUACGUGAGCUACCUCCUGGAGAAGGACGGGCCCAUGUACCCCGGCCCGGUGCGACAUUCGGGGGGCCUCAACCUGGCGGCGCAGAACUUCGUGGGCGCCCCGCAGUACGCGGACUACGGCGGCUACCAUGUGAACCUCGACAGCGCCCAGUCGCCCGGCCCGGCCUGGCCCGCGCCCUACGCCGCCCCGCUCCGCGACGACUGGGGCGCCUACAGCCAAGGGGCACCGCCGGCCGCCGGCCCCGUCCAUGGCCUCAACGGCGGCUCCCCCGCGGCCGCCAUGGCCUACAGCCCCGCCGACUACCACCACCACCACCACCCACACGCCCACCACCACGCCGGCCCCGCGCCCCACUGCUCCGCCGGGGUCAUGCAGCCCCUCAACGCCGCCAACGCCGCCGCCCCCGAGCCGCUCUCCCCCAGCGGGCAGCGCCGAGGCCUCUGCGAGUGGAUGAGGAAGCCGGCGCAGCCCUCGCUCAGCAGCCAGGUUAAAACCAGGACGAAAGACAAGUACCGCGUCGUGUACACCGACCACCAGCGGCUGGAGCUGGAGAAGGAGUUUCACUACAGCCGCUACAUCACCAUCAGAAGGAAAGCGGAGCUGGCCUCUAACCUGGGGCUGUCCGAGAGGCAGGUGAAAAUCUGGUUCCAGAACAGGCGGGCGAAGGAGAGGAAGAUCAACAAGAAGAAGCUGCAGCAGGUGCAACCUGGCGGCGCGGAGCCGCUCAGCCCCGGCGCCCCGCUGCAGACUCCCGCGGCGGGAGCGGCCGCCGCCGGGCUGGGCCCCGCCGCCCCCCAGUGA